AGCGGGACGGGGACGGAGGGACGGGGAGAGCGGCACCGGGCGGGCACGGCCCCGCCGCAGCGGCUGCCGCCGGCAGGUGACCCCAUGGAACCUUCCCAGCGCUCCCCCAGUUCUGGUGAUGGCAUUGGGACUGAGACCCUCCCCAGAGCCCCCCUAGCGCCCCCCCGGUCUGAGCGGGGCCGUAAGAGGAGGGCAGGGGGGGAUCCGGAGCCGCCCCCAGUGCUGCGUGGUGCGAAGCGGCCAAAGGAUGGGGAUGGGGGUCCCCGGCACAACACCACCCCCCCCCAGCGACGGCGAUCGCCUCUUUGCCCAAAAAUGCCGGGAGCUGCGGGGUUUCAUCCGCCCUCUGACGGAGCUGCUCAAUGGGCUGCGCAUGGGGAGAUAUGACAAAGGGCUCAGCAGCUUCCAGCAGAGCGUGGCCAUGGACAGAAUCCAGCGGAUUAUCGGCGUCCUGCAAAAACCCGAAAUGGGCGCACGCUACCUGGGGACCCUGCUGCAGGUGGAGGUGAUGCUCAAAGUCUGGUUCCCCCACGUCGCCCCUAAAGCCGGCCCUGAACCCGAUCCCGUCGGGGUCCUCCUGCUGCUCCGAGACCGCCGCAGCGCACACGGGGACGGCGCCACGUCGGGGACAUCGGGGGGGACAUCAGAGACGACACCAACAGGGACAACACACCCCAAGUGCCCCCUCCCCACCCGGACUGGGGCCCCCACGCCCCCCGCAGCACCCGACGUGUGACCGUCCCCAGCACGGGAUUCUCUUCUUCUUCAUUUUGGUUUUUGGGUUUAUUUUUUUUGGCUUUGUUUUAAUUUUUUUUUUUUUUUUUUAAUUAUUAUUAUUAUUAUUAUUUUGAAAGUGGGGGCAGGAGGCAGCGCCCCGUCCCCGGACUGCGAGAGCAACCUCAAACAAAGUGGAUUUUUGGGGUCUCUUCUCCCCCCCCCCUCAAACCCCACAGACACGCAGCAGAGCCGCCCCCCCCUCCAACCCCGAGCGCGGUGCCUUGGGGCCUCGCUGCAACGCCGGGGGGGGCACAAGGGGACAGGAGGAUGGGGGUGGGGGGCAGGCCCCCCCGCAGCAGCACAGCCACCCCCCAGCCUCGUGCCUUCCCCGCAGGGUUUUGGGGCGCGACGCGUUCCCCCCGUGGGAGCAAUAAAUGGCA